AUGGAGGUGCCACAUCAUUUCUUCAGAAUCAUUACUCCUCCACAAAACCAUAAUACCCGUCUGAUGCUUCCGAGAUCCUUUGUCAACGAUUGGAGACACCAAUUUGGUGACACAGUACAAGUAACUGCAUAUGAUGGUAUAAUUGUCACAAUACGAUUGGAAAAAGAUAAUGGAAGAAUAUAUUUUGCCGAUGGAUGGGAACAAUUUUUUGACCAUCAUAACUUACAGGAUGCUCAUGUUUUGGUAUUUGAAUAUAAUGAAAACUCCACAUUCAAUAUGACCAUAUUUGACCAUUUUGGAUUAGAGGUCACAUAUGACUCCGAUGUUCCGGAAGAAUACAACGCUUCACAUACAGAUAACCUUGCAUUUGAAAUAACACUAACACCUCAUCACAACAGCCAUCGGGAAAUUGAUAUACCAAGACAGUUCUCUAGAUAUCACCUACCAAGAGGUGUGCGAAGUAUUCAAAUCCAUGAUUCUUUACAUCACGACUGGGAGCUUGCCACAAAUUUGAGACUAAAUGGUCUAAUAAGACGUAUAACUAUAGGUUGGGCAGAUUUUUUUAGAGAAAAAGUACUACAAAUGGGCGAUACAUGUGUUUUUGAACUUUUGAACAGUGAACCCCCAACGUUCAUCGUCUACAAAAAAGACCAUGUUGGUGAAAGUUUGACACGUCUAUGA